AUGGUGACAUCAACGAAUGAUAGUAUUCAAGAAGAAGGAAAAGAUGAGAAGAAGAAGAAGAAGAAGAAGUGUGUCCUAGUUCUUCCGACGCUCACAAACAUUUUGGCUUUCAUUUUUCUGGGUCAUUUCACUAUCCGCCCAGAAAUCUUGUCUCUCUUUCUCGGUUUUUAAUCGCGUGGCGGCAAAAUAAUAUGUUUUUCUAUUGUAUUAUUUUCUGUUAAAAAAUGUAUGGAUAAUCGAAACAAUUUUCCCCAGGUGUGAAAUAAGCACAAAACUUGAGAAGAAACAAUAAACCAAAUAAUUGACACACAGGGAAUCUUCGAAGAUCUGAAAAAAAUAUGUUUUACAAAGUUUGAUAACUGGUAAUACUUAUCACAAAAUAAAGAAAAGAUGUGAUUUUCGAAAACAACGUUUUUUUCGGUUGUUUUCCAUAGUUCGAGGGAUUCUUCUAUUUGAUUGGUUAUUUUAAAACAUUGUAAAAUUUGAAAUUUAACAUAUAAUCAGAACGUUUUUUCAAAACAUUGUUGGUUACCGAUUUGGUAUGGAUCUGAAUUUCGGUCUUUUUUGUAUUUUUAAAUAAAGAUAAACAAUCUUCCAUUCUUUUCAAUAUUGUCCUGUCCGGUAGAAUCUCUGAAAAUUUUCUGAAAAUUUGUCUCGGCAAGUGUAAUGACAGAUAGAGCUGAUUUUUUCAAAACUGUUAUCUCUCAUUUGGAUUCCUUUCAAUCACGUUCUCGAUAUUUUCAAAACGAUUUUUUGAUUCCCAAAAUAUUCAAAUAUUCCCAUAACACGGAACAUAAACAAUAAACAAACUUCCCAUAAGUUGUUUUUUGACACAUUUUGGUCCAUAGACAUGUGCACAACAGACCCCUAACACCUCAAUAGUCGGCUCAGUUGAUGAGAAAGUGACAUAUGGGUCAAAAAAAGGCGGGGCUUAGGUAACGAUACUUGUUGCUCAACUAAUUAGUCAGUUAUAAUUCUUCAUCCGCUUUGUGCUUACUUAUUUUAUUUUUAUUUCUAGACCGGAAUCAAUUAUGAAUGUCAACCAAGCCGGAUGUUCUUCACAAGUUCAAGAUGAACAUAUUGAUGUUGUUGGAGAUGUUGAGGUGGGUUUUUUAAUAUUUGGGUGAAAUGCAAAAGUUGAUUAAUUAUGUUCUGGGUCACUUAUGUUAACAAAAUUUACCAUAAAAAAAUUUUUUAUUGAUUUAGGCCUAUUUCAAACUUUUAAUAUCGCGAUCCAAAAUGUUUGAAUUUGUAAUCUCAUAAAUCUAUGAGUACUGAAUCAAUAUUUUUUGAAAAACUCCGCAACUACGAUGAAAAUUCAUCGAAACCCUUUUUUAAAUUUUCCGAAAUGUUUCUUUAAAUGUAUUUUAAUAUCUCAAUUUUUCAGGUACGGAACGAAAAUAUGCCUGCAAGAACUUUCAAAUUUUCAAACCAACACGGAGAGGAAGAAGUCACUCCUGGGCUAGUAUGUAAUGCCAGAGUGAUAUACAUUGAAAAUGAUCUCAGCCUCUGGAUCACUGUAAUCAACGAGGAAGAGGAACCAAGAUCAGUAUCACUGGAAGACUGGAACAGUGUUUUCCGAAAUGCGAAAUGUCAAGAAAUGAUAAUUGAAAGCGAUCAAGAAAUUCCAGCAGUUUUUAUGGAGGAAAUUUUAUGUUGUGAAACAAUAAUGAGAACCGAAUUUUUUGGAGGCCCGAUUCAUCAAGACAGUCUCGAUCGGUUGUCCGCUUUUGUGUCAAAUGAUAUAAGAAUCACGGUCGAUUCAUGGGAUCCAAAACUAACUGGGCUCUCAAAAGUCUCGCGGAUUGGUAUCCAUUAUAUCAAUUUUAUGGAUGAUAUUAUUGAAUCAAUGAAAUCUGUUCCAACAAUUGCAAUUGAUUUGCAUUGGUCACAUUUUGUUCACUCCGUCCACAGAUUAGCUGUAAGUGUUUUUUGAAAUAGAAAAAUAAGAAACAACUAUUCAUUGUUCUCUUUUUCAGCAACUCAUCGGAAAAACUCAACAUCUUCCAUAUUGGCACAUUCGUUUCAACUCAAUUCCAUCAUUGACUCAAAUCGAUUUAGUUAAUGAAUAUUUGGAAGAAGUCACUAAUAUCAUAUAUGGCGAUCAAGUGAUGAUCCGAUUUUUGAUUGAUCCUGAUGAGCUUCAUACAACUUUGAUGAUUCUUCCAGUCGAUACCAAUAGCAAUAAUAAUAAUGAUAUUUACGCUUGA